CUGGCUUACACAUCUUGUCUCUUAAUUUCUUUCUCUCUUGACCCUUUUUUUCUCUAACUCAUCUCUUUGAUAACUUUGCUUUCCACUCCAACAAACCCUGAAACUAAAAUAUGGCUCUCAGGAAAUCAAACAGGUUACCACAAACAGCAGUUAUCAAACAGAUUCUCAAGAGAUGCUCAAGCUUAGGAAGGAAACAAGGCUACUACGAACAAGGCUUACCAGUGGAUGUACCUAAAGGCCACUUUGCUGUCUAUGUUGGAGAGAAGAGAAGCAGAUUUAUUGUCCCAAUCUCCUUAUUAACUCAUCCUGAGUUCCAAAACCUUCUUCAAAGAGCAGAAGAGGAGUUUGGCUUUGAUCACGACAUGGGUCUCACCAUUCCCUGUGAAGAAGUUGUGUUUCGUUCUCUAACAUCUAUGCUCAACCGAAACUCAGAAAUGUAGGGAUUUUUUUUUUUUCUCUCUUUCUCCCUUUG